AUGGCUUCCCCGUCGGCACCCCUUCGCCGCAUCACAAGAGCGUCGCUGGCACGCUUCGCCUAUGCCGGGAGCGACACGGGCUCCACCACGACCACGGAGAUCAAGACCACGACUCCAGACAUCGAGGACAUCAUCCCCUCAGCCGUGCCAGCCUCAGCGACGACGAAAUCUACUUCUCGAAAGCGCAAGCGAACCACCGUCGCAUCCACCCCUCAAAACAAAAGCCACGUCAAGCUCGAAGCCGAACAGCUCGACUCCACCGCCCUCACGAGCAUCCCCUCGCCCUCGCCGCGCCGCGCCCGCAAGCCCGCCCGCAGGACCCAAGACCCCGCCACGGGCACCGAGACGGUGGCCGCGCCCUCGGACUGGCGGGAGCUCUACGACGCCGCCAAGGAGAUGCGCCUGCCGGGCGGCGCGGCCGCCAACGCCGCCGUCGACACCAUGGGCUGCGAGCGCCUCGCCCUGCCCACCGCCAGCCCGCGCGACCAGCGCUUCCACACCCUCGUCGCGCUGAUGCUGUCCAGCCAGACCAAGGACACCACCAACGCCGUCGCCAUGCGGAGGCUCCAGACCGAGCUGCCCCCCUUCGAGGAGGGUGCCCCGCCCGGGCUCAACCUUGAGAAUAUGCUGGCUGUCGCGCCCGAGAAGCUGAAUGAGCUCAUCUGGGCGGUGGGAUUUCAUAAUAAUAAGACCAAGUACCUCAAGCAAGCAGCCGUUAUCCUACGUGAUGAGUGGGCCGGUGAUAUCCCCGAUUCCAUCGAGGGCCUGGUGUCGCUGCCGGGCGUGGGGCCCAAGAUGGCCCACCUGUGCCUGUCGUCCGCGUGGGGCCGCACCGAGGGCAUCGGCGUCGACGUGCAUGUUCACCGCAUCACGAACCUGUGGGGCUGGCACAAGACCAAGACGCCCGAGGAGACGCGGCUCGCGCUGCAGAGCUGGCUGCCCAAGGACAGGUGGCGCGAGAUCAACUGGCUGCUGGUCGGCCUGGGUCAGACUGUUUGCGCGCCUGUUGGCAGGAAGUGCGGGGACUGUAAUCUGGGGCUCGAUGGGCUGUGCAAGGCUGCGGAUCGCGCUAAGGUCAAUCAGGGGCGCAAGCUACGAGAGGCGAAGGUGGAAGUUAAGGAGGACGUCAAGACUGUCAAGGUUGAGGAGGCACUAGAAGAUGCCGCCGUUGGUGUUGUUGGAGCUGUGGAGCUGGUUGAAGAAAGACAGGAGGUCGAAGACGAGUCGAAGCCCCCCUCUAGACGGCGUGGGAAGCGAGGCUAA